AUGGCACCCCCAGCAGCUGACGUGGACCUGUACUCGCACACGAGCUCGGGGCCCAUCCCCAUCACCAAGGUCAAUGCCCAAAGCACCCUCAAGGAGCCACUCAAGUACUCGGGAUCGCUGGACCAGUAUAAAUCGUUCGACGUCACAAAGGUCAUCGGCAGGGAGUUCCCCGACCUGCAGCUGAGCCAGAUCCUGCACGACGACACAAAGAUCCGUGACUUGGCCAUCACAGGUGUGUACCCAAAAGCUCUCUGUUGUCGUUGGUUUGGUGGUCAGGCAAGUCUAAUGGCCGGCUCGCACGCAGUGUCUCAACGAGGCGUCGUUUUCUUCCGCAACCAGGACCUCAACAUCGAGGAUCAGAAGAUCUUGGGCCAGAAGCUCGGCGAGCUCACGGGGAAGCCCGAGACGUCCAAGCUCCAUCGUCAUGCUUUGAGCAACAGCAAGCGCGGCAUCGCCGUGGACGAGAACGGGAAACUCGACGACGAAGUGUCCGUCAUCUCGUCCGAACAAAACCGCAAGUUCUACAAGGACCGCUUCUCCGCCCAGUCCAAGGUGCUGGCCAGCCAAGGAUGGCACGCCGACAUCACCUUUGAGCGCAUCCCGUCCGACUACGCCAUCCUCAAGAUCAUCAAGAAGCCCGAAGACGCCGGCGGCGACACGUUGUGGGCGUCGGGCUACGAGCUGUACGACCGGCUGUCGCCCGACUUCCAGAAGCUGGCCGAGGGCUUGACGGCGACGCACCACCAGCCGAAUUUCGUCAAGGUGGCCAAGGAGUUUGGCGAGGACCUGAUCGAGCAGGACCGCGGGGCCCCCGAGAACACGGGCAUCGACUUUGCCGCUUCGCACCCCGUCGUGCGCACCAACCCCGUGACCGGGUGGAAGUCGCUGUUCGGCGCGGGCCACCAGAUCGAGCACGGCUGGAUCGACGGGGUCACGCCGCGCGAGAGCGAGAUCCUCAAGGCCUACUUCCUGCAGCUCAUCACCGACAACCACGACCUGCAGGUGCGCUUCCGGUGGAACGAGAACGACCUGGCCGUCUGGGACAACCGCUCCGUCUUCCACACCGCCACCAACGACUACGACGGCAAGCGCCAGGGCAACCGCGUCGUCUCCCUCGGCGAGAGGCCGUACUUUGAUCCCAAGAACUCGGUCUCGCGGCGGCAGGCUCUGGGGAUUUAA